AUGCUACAUGCACUUGAACCUGAGACAAACAUUGAAGAGGACACUCUCCCGUCAGUAGAUAAUAUCGCUGACCAAGCAUUGGCUAAUCUUCAAUCAUUGGAACCCGAAGAGUUUGAAGGGUACGGUAUAGAUGUUGCCGAAGAAGAUAAAGACUCUGAUUACGGAGAUGACGGGAGUGCCUCAUCUGAUAAUGAUUGCGAACACGAAGCUCCACAGCCAAACCACAACUCACCCGCAGAGAAAACAAACAAAAAGCCCCGACGAAAAAUCGCAUUAACAGCACGAGAAUAUGUUGCUCGCCUCCACGAGAAAGAAGAUGAAGAAAUUGCCCGAAGAAUGAAGCAAGAAGACGAAGGAAAAAAGUCAGGUGCGAAACGCUCACGCAAGCGCAAGCUCGUUGGAAGCGCUAUGGGGCCUUCAAAAGCUCUGAAGACGGCAAAUGGUAAUAGCUUCCUCGUAUCAAACGGCUGCUCUUCAUCCUCCAAAGAUGACUCGCUUCUUCCUGCAGAGUCUAUCACGGCCAGGACUCAUGCAGAGCAAAUGGCUCAAAUCAUAGCCAGUAUACCCCAAAACUGUGAUACUAGACGCAAGACAACGCAAAAACAAGAUCUCGUUGAGGCUAAAAGUAUCUUUGGCUAUAAAAAGGUUGAAGCUCAAGAUGGCGGCUGGAAGUUGAAAGGUAUGCAGACACCAAUGCAUAACCAUCAAAUCACUGCCGCGGCCUGGAUGGUUAAGAGAGAGUUGGCUCGGGCGGAGCCGUUCGGCGGAAUUUUAGCCGAUGCCAUGGGAAUGGGGAAGACAAUCAUGAGCCUCGCUUGCAUAAUUGGGAACCAAGCAGAUAAUGAGCAUAUCGCCAAAUUUUGCAACGCAACUCUUGUAGUCGUACCGAACAAAGCCAUCGCUCUACAAUGGGAAGCGGAGGCACGUAGACACUGCAGCGAUCCAUUCAACUAUAUGGUUUUCAUCUACGACCGGCAACGAGAAGAUUUGCAGCAGUUGUGCACACGAAGUCUUAUUGUGAUUGCUACAUAUAAAGAGCUAAUAAUGCAGUAUCCGGAAAACUUUGUUCUUCAAGAACUUGCCGCCAAGUAUGGCACUGACAACAUCUCUUUUCACCGUGAGCUAGACAAGAUCAUGGGCCCGCUAUUUCGCAUCAACUGGUACAGAAUAAUUCUAGAUGAAGCUCAUGCCAUCAAAAACUAUGAAAGUCGCACAUCUAAAGCCUGUUGUGCACUUUUGGGGAAGUACCGAUGGGCCUUAACUGGUACACCUCUAUCCAACAGCUCUGAAGAAAUGUAUCCCUACAUGAAGUUCACACAAUGUGAUUGGACAGCAACUCGCCAGGAGUUUCGCAAAACGUUCUUUCUUGGUGGUGAACCAAACGCCGAAUUUGAGGCAUUGACCAGCCUCAUCAUGUAUCGGCGGACAAUAGAUGAUUCUUUUUUAGGAAGGCAAAUCAUUAGCCUCCCAGAACGGAACGAAACUGACCUUUGGGUUCCCAUCUCAGCAGAAGAAGGUUGUGUUGUCAAAGCCGUGAGCGAUCAUUAUAAAAAAAUGAAAUUGCGCUGGGAAAUGGGUACACUCGGACUGAGAGAUUUAAAGGAUAUAGACGACGUGGAAGGUAUCGAUGACGCUGAAGAGCAACAGAGCAACAAAAACCACCGCCGCAAAGCUGCGACUAAAGUGCGCUCACGACGUCAGCAAGAGUACUUAUUGGGGCGCGCUAGUCAAGUGAGACAGCGUCAAUCAACGUCUCAUGUGUUUUGCAUUGAGCUACUUCUCCGCCAGAAUUUCUCUGUAGAACAGUUGGCCGAAUUACGACGCAGCUUGGUUGACAUCGGCAACAAGGAGACCAUUUUAGAGCAGAUGCAGCUCGGCAUGAAAGCAGAUGAUGAAAUCUCAAAAUAUCAAAACGGACUAAAGACACUACAAGAGAGAGAAGAAACGUUCUUUGGUAAGUGUUUCGACAUGGGACCGCUCUUGGAUAUCUUGAGAGAGGAGUGCAGUGUGAGGGAUGUUACCUGCCUCCUCUGUAAUACGGCGAAGCCGCCAGUAGAGCCGGUGUUCUCAGAUAUGAAUUGUCCUCACCAAAGCUGUACAGAGAAGCUCGCAUUUGGACCAGAUAUAAUGACUAUACAAAAAAUAAUGGAACAGGCGGAAGAUAAAAGUAGCGGCUAUCGGGAGCCUGCAAAAGACAGCUGGAAUGUGCCUGUACAUUAUGACGAUAGUCGAAAUGGCUUCUUCAUAGCCAGUACAUUCGGUGGCAGUAUGCCGAUACUUCCAAGCACAAAGCUUACAGCGGCCAUAGCAGUUGUUCUUACAUGGAUGGAUGAAGCACCUAAUGACAAAAUUCUCAGUAAGUUUAGGUAUUUCGAAUACUUAUUCGUCGUUCUCUCCCUUAUCAUAGUUUUCACCCAGUUUAGGGGUACGGCAAAAAUGCUGGGGCUUAUGCUCCAGACUCUAGAUAUUGGAUUUGUGUACUUUUACGGGGGUCUCACACCGCCGCAGAAAGCCAGAGCCCUGGAUACGAUUAAAACUCGAGACGAUAUAAAAGUGAUGGUUUCUACGCUCAAGAGCGGAGGCCAAUCGCUGAACCUCACCGUUGCUAACCGAGUGAUAAUCAUCGAUCCAUGGUGGAACAAGACGGCCGAGCAGCAGGCUUUCGGACGAGUUGUCAGAAUCGGCCAAGAGAAAGUAACUCAUCUUGUCAACAUCAAAACCAAGGAGCCCAUCGAUCGCCGCAUCUAUACACUCCAAAAGAUGAAGGCUAAAGAUGUGGACCGUACUCUACAGGAUGACGGCCAUACGCCUCGCCCUGUGAGCGAGGUUGAGCUUCAAAGAGCUUUUUUGCGCAGAAAGGAUGAAAAAGAGAAGAAUAUGGCUGCUAAGGCCCAGAAAGUCGCAGCGAAGAAUGCGAAACAGAAGAAUGUUUGA